GCGUGUGCGUGCAUGCACAUAUAGGACUAGGUCGAAGAUUUCUUCACGUAACACGACCACGUGCACUUAUUGACAAAGAUAGUUACUUUCUGAAAUUAAUCAGAUAUACAGGGUGUCUUCAAACAAUUGUGCCAUUCACUUUUGGAAUUAUAAUUAUGUUCUCUUCUCCUAAUUUUCAAGGGAUUGUGCACAUAUAUUGGCGGAUUUAGUUUUCAAAAGAUCCGAAGCAUUACAAAUUUUCCUGCACAUACAAAAGCGAAAUAUAUAUUAUAUGGAAACAUUCAUAAAUCUUUAGAUAUUUAUAUUUUUGCAGUCCAACAUUCAAUAUUCAUAUAUCCUAAUAUUCAUGAAUAUCCAUAUUUCCAGACACCAGAAUCCCUAGAUUCCUGUAUUCCAUGACCCUUGUACCCUUUGACCCUAUAUUUCUAUUUAUUUAAUUCCUAGAUAUUUGGAUUAGUGUAUGCCUAUAUAAAAAAAAAUCAGGAAGAUGAAACUAUUCAUAAAGAGAAACAAUUCAUAUUCUGUUUUCAUUAUAUAAAAUAAAUCAAAUGAUAUAUUAAAUUCAUAUUGUUCCAUAAAAGUUGUAUAUGACCUAACGUAAUCAUUUCCAUUGCCUCUGCGUAAAUUCAGAACUGCAUAAAUAUGAGGCAUUUACUUUAAAUUAUAAUUUAUGUCAAAUUUGACAGCAUUUGCAUGUAAAUGUAAUAAAUCUUCAGAGUCAUUCUCCUCUACCUAUAAUCUUGUUCCUUAUAUAAGACAUUGCUAAUUAAUGAUGUAUGCAAUGACAUUGCCAUUUUUAUUUGGAGUAAGUGUAAUGCUUGCGUUUUAAUAGAUGGUGACCUUAUGGAAGGCAGUGACAAGGUCCAUUCUGACUUGUACGUAUCUUUUGUUCGAGGCAAAUGCAUCACGAAUAUUAUACAAACAGAAGCAAAGUUAAUGCAAGAAUUUACAAAGUAAACCACAACAUAAGGGAAGGUUUAUCCUCGAAUAUGUAUGCAAACAACUCAAUAUUUUGGAAACGGAUUAUUUUGGACUUCGUUACGUGGAUCACUGUAGGCAGAGGACCAUCCAAAUAAGCUGUUGAUGUAUCUUCAUUUUGUAUUUCAUAACCAGGGUCAUGAUGGUGUGUAUGGAUGUGAAGACAUCACUGCAUUGGUUAGACUUGGCAAAAACAGCAAUUAAACAAGUUAAAGACAUGGACCCGAUUCUGUUUAGCUUUCGCGUGAAAUUCUAUCCACCGGAUCCUCUGAGGCUAAAGGAAGAAAUAACUAGGUAUCAAAUUUACCAGCAGCUGAAAAGGGACCUCCUUCAUGGACGACUUUAUUGCAGUCCGGGUGAAGCUGCGCUGCUGGCAGCGUGCAUCGUGCAAAGUGAAUUAGGGGACUAUGAUCCUGAAAUUCAUGAAGGGAACUAUAUUUCCGAGCACAAAUUAUUACUUAAGCAAACAGAGGCUAUUGAAGAAAAGGCUAUGGAACUGCAUCAAACGCAAUUAAAGGGGUUCACAUCAGAACAAGCAGAAACUCAUUUUCUUAGAUUAGCUUCACAAUUGGAUACAUAUGCUGUUGAUCCACAUCCAGUUAAGGACCAGAAAGGUGCACAACUAUAUCUUGGCAUAAACCAUUGUGGGAUUUUAACGUUUCAAGGAUCCCGAAAAACACAUCAUUUCCGCUGGCCGGAUGUGCAGAAAAUCAACUACGAAGGAAAAAUGUUUAUUGUACAUUUAACGAUAAGCGAGGACGUGAGAACGAAGAAAAAGCACACUGUUGGGUUUAAGUGUCCCACGGGAUCGAACUGUCGCCACGUAUGGAGAUGCGCCAUCGAGCAAAUGUUAUUUUUCACAUUACCCAGAGCGUCAGACGCACCGGUUGUAAGCGGUGGAUCUAUAUUCUCAUGGGGUACAAAGUUCAAAUAUACCGGAAGAACUGAAAAGGAAGUGUUGGAAGAAACGGGUCCACUACGAAAAGAAGAACCACCUAUACAACGUUGUCAAACUACGUGUCUUAGAAGAAAAGCUAGCAGUGUACCAGCCACUCCAAGUACACCUAGCCAAGAUCUCGUUGAAAUAAGAUACUCCAGUUUACCACGUAGCUGUCAUAGUGCAGGUUUAGAUGGAGCUGGAAUGUCAGAAAGCAGCACCGGUAUUCCAUUUAGUUCACCUUAUUGUCCAGAUAAUACUUUACCACCUCUGGAAACAGUAUCAGAGGACCAAGAAAUUCAUGCUAGGAGAAACAAUGCUGUAGACGAAAACGAUACGCAUGCGAGUGCCACCCACAACACCACAACCACCACCAUUACCACUACUACCACCACCACCACCUCGAACACCAUCACAAAUCGUGCGAAAGUUAGAUUGAAAUAUCCAAAGAGCACGUUGAAUCGACCUCAACCGUUGUACAGUCAAAAAAUAGUGAUAAGCUCGGAGGAGUUAGUUGGCCGUAACAUCGAUAACAUCGUCAGACAGCGAAUAAAUGCUCUUGAAAAGAGCCCCAAGGUGGUCAGAUCGACCGCAUUGAUUAUAAAGAGCUCAAAAGUGUCGGCAAACUCGUUGAAAGCUGGUAAAGAAACCGCGAAUGAGACGUAUAUAUUCCCGGCAACCGAUCCAGGAACGUUCGUCACGACGGUAAUAGAAAGUCCUUCCGACUUUAGCAACGGUAAGAUGAUAUUGCACAGGUCUAACGAGCAGGUAAGCAUACUCGCUCGUCGGGAGCAUGAGGUAUCGUGGCACAGCACGACUGCGAUGACCAGAACGGCAAAUGGUUGCGUUUCCAUGCUGAGAAAUGAUCGAGGAGACAUUAGAAAUGGAGUCAGAACCACGAAAUCUCAGGAAAUAACAGGUAAAUUAGUCGGUCAACACGAGGGCGAUACAAACGAUUACUACUUUAGGGAUUCUUUUGAUCAUUCUUCGUCCGAAAGUCAACUACUGGACACAUCCGGCAAACCUCACAGUCGUUCGGUAACGCCAGUACCAAAAAUGCAGAAACUUCAAAAUUCGAAACUGUGUCUUCAACAACAACAGCAGCAGCAACAGCGGCAUCAACAACAACAGCCUCAACAACAUCAACAUCAACGGCAAUCACCUAGUCAACGUUAUGAUAGCAGAUUGAAGUACAAAAGUUUUCGAGUAGCGAGGCUUUUCAUUCCAGCUUUUAUGCUUACGAUCACGGUUCUGUUCAUUGUGAUCGUCCUGGUGUUCGAAACAGACACGACGCUUUUCAAUAGCCUGCGCAAGACGCCAGAAAUGGUGGCCUUAAAGAACCAAUAUUAUGUCCCCAUCAAGGAGUUUCUGAGGACAAAGCUCGGCCUAUUUUGAUGCGACCUGAUGAUGACCGAGCUAAGGUCGUCCUUUGUCGCUAAUUAGCUCCCUUCAGUGCCAAGUCGAGAAGAUGCUCUUGCCGAAAUCAAGAAACGAGCGAGUUUCUAAUGCCGCGUUCUUAUUUCUUCUAUAAAUUUAUCGGAGAAUUUGUUUUUCCUUGCGUUUAUACUGGAAAAGUACAUAGGAGUACUUAUAACAAAGAAAGUACCUUUGAUUAAUUCAUUCUUUAUUUUGAGUUAUUUAAUCUUUUCAGGGAUGAAUUUAUUAACCUUCAGAGUAUCAAAGGGGUUACUUUAUACCCAUCAUGUUACUACUGUGAGGGUUAGUCAUAAAAAAAGGUUGUCAUUAUCUGUCAUAAAUAUGUCUGUAUUUAUAGUAAUAUUUACAACUUUGCCAAACACAAAGAAUUUGUACUUAUGCAUGUGUCAGUGUCCCUGAAGAGGUUAUAGACAGAACACUCUAGCAGGUAGAAAAUUGUUUAAACUCUGUAAUUUUUAAUUCACCAAUUUUGGUUGUUGUAAAUUAAGAAACUUUAAGAUUUAAGUGGAGGGAGAUAGACCACUUUUAUAUCUAUUAUAAAUCAAACUCGGAGUAAUUUUUAAUUUCCUGAGACUUUAAUUCUGUGGCCAUUUUAAAAUAGAAAAUACUUGUUUAUUGGUACUGUUUAAUGCAGGAUUAUUUUCAGUAUUGAGUAUUUUUUAAGAUUUUAAUGAGUCUAAUAAUUCAAAUGAAGGUUUUCUAACCUGAUAAAGUGUUCAGUCAUAUAAAGUGUAAAAUAUUUGAUACAUUUGCUAUCAAAUAAUCAAGUCAUUUAUGUUACAGCAUUUGUAGGUUGCGUGCAAUUUUGUAAAUUGUAGUAUCUCAAUCGAGUUUGUUUAAUAACCUGGAAUGAAAGUCAGUUUUUAAAUGUUAGAUAGCAAAUGUUGCAAAUCAGGAAGAUUACAUAAAGUAGGUCAUUUGCAAGUACAUUUUGAAUUAAGUAAUAGAACAUGAGAAGAAAUAUUAGCUAGCUUAUUGCACAAGACACCUUCACAUUCCAUUCAACAUAAAAUGUAUUAUUUGAACUCCAAGUUUUUAAUUAUUAAGCCGUCUUGUCAUCGGGAUCACUGUAUUUUCUAUUGUAUAAAAGUUUCAUAUUUUUUAAGAAGCUUGAAAUUGUUGAAUAAACGCUUAAGAUGUCAUUUAAUUCGCUUCAAUGACUGUUCUUUAUUCACCAUGUAUUCAUAAAAUCAAUUUAAUCAACAUCCAUGCUUAUCCAGGGAAUCUUUUAUUUUAUUAAACAUAUCACUUAUUAAGUUGAACACUUUAUUUAAUUACACGUUUGUAAAAUAUUAGAAAAUACAGUGAUUAGUUUGAACGCGUAUAUCAAAUUCAGCAUGUGCAAUUUUUAAUAAUCCAUGGUUUAUAAGUCAUUUAUUUUCUGGCAAUACUAAGUAACAAAUAUUUCUGGCAAUACUUCAAUAUAUCUUAGGUACAAUUGUAUCUGACAAGUGAUAUUUAAUCAACGUCUAUAGAUCAAUUUGUUAUAUUUUUAUUCUAACAUUACUGUGAUGAAUAUUUUCUAUGAAGUACGAAUUAAGAGAAAAACAAUAUACUUCCUGACAUUUUGUGUUUGGCAUGCGACAAACACAUACCACAAACCAAUACUCAUUACAAUAUCAGAUCUAUUAUCAUUUUUCGUUUCAUUUCUAUAAGGAUGAUUCGCCUAACAUUAAAAUAUAAAAGUUUUUUUUAGUGAAGUCUGAAAAUAUUCAAGAAAAGCAAUAUUGGUUCAUUUGAAGUAAUAAAAAAUAGUUUUUCUCAAACUCUACUUAAGGAGAGUUCAAAAUUAUUAAUAUUUUUAUUUUAAAUAAAAUAAUGUACUUCUAUCGUUAGAAUAGAAAGAUAAAUGCAGCGAACGAAUAUCGUUAAAUGAUUUUUUAGUGAAAAAUUAUGUCCAUCGCUUAGAAUGUGUACAUAAAUCAAUUUAUUUGUAUUGUACAAAUUUAGGUUAAUAUACAAGAAAACAGGAUAAUUAAAAUCUAAAAUUUUGUUUUGUUUAUAAGUAUUUAUACACCGCCAAAAGGAAAUACAUUGUUUAUUUUAAGUUUUAAUGUUAAGUGACUCUUCCUGUAUAUAGCCAUAAAGAUGGAUGCAUCUUGUAAGAUUGAUCUGAAAACCAUUGGGUCGCUUCCACAAAUUAUACAGUUAAAUUUUAGAAAGAUUAUCGAACAGAGUAAUCUGUUAUAGAUUUAAGUAUGCCUAAAAUAAAAUCAAUCUGUUUUUUAUAUUGAAUAUGUAAGGACAUCCAUCAAUGUGAUGGAGCUUUUUGCAUAAAAGUAUAACUUUUGGUUAUUGUUAGCAUAUUAUUGUUGAUAAUUCACCAUUUAUUAAUAUCUAUAAUACAUUAGAGUACAGCGUAGGUUUUUUUUUAUUACUGAUAAGUAUAAAAGGAGGAACCAUUUACCUUCAGUUAUAAAAGACCCAGGAAGAAUUCUUCCAUAAUUGAAGGCAAGUAGUACGAGGCUUCCCUUUUUACGCUUAUCCUCAAUUAUAUCUUUUCUAUUAAAUUUUAUAAUUUUUUAUCAAAUUUAGAAGAUUGAAAUUUCUUUAAUCAAUACAGUAUUUGUUUAAAAAUUAAUGGUUCUCUGCAGUUGCUUUUAAAUUAAAUUUGUAUACGCGUUUCAUGUAAGAUAUGUCGUUUUUUGGAUAAUACAGUUAACAAAUGUCAAAAACCAUUGAAAAAUUAAGUGAUCUGUUUAAUUACAUGAUAGAUAUUACUCUGAAUGUAAUUAAUAACAACAAAAAGUGUUGCAUGGCCUAUAACAUUGCUGCAAGAACAAAAGAAUAUUCUCUUGACAAAUUUGUUUUUAAACAAAACAUGUGGGUAUAGAUUCAUGAUACACAAAAAUGAAAGAAAUAAGUAUUUUACCACUGAAAAUACAAAGAAUUCAAAAAACCAAACGUGUAAAAUAUAUUUUACAUAUAAAUAGGCCGAUCAAUCGAUAAUGAUAUUAUUAUCAAUACUAUUAUUAUUCUUAUUGUUACUAUGACCAUCAUUAUCGCUAUUAUCAUUAGAAAUCUUAAUAAAUCAACGAAAAGCAAUUAUUUGAUAGUUGAGCGUACAUCGUAGGCAAUUUUAACGCAUAAUAAAGUAGAAAAUUGUGUUGCAAAAAACAAUCAUAGGAGAUGCACUUUUUUCAAUUUAGAAAAAUUUGAAGUCAUUUUCGUAUUUAAAAAUGUAACAAUUAUAAUAUCAUACUGUGACCUUGAAAUAACCUUCGACCUCAGAACAUGAAAUACAUACGUCUCAAAAUUAACUCUUCGUUGGAAACAAAUUAAAGUGUAAGAAUUAUGCGAUUAUUUAUAAUUGUAACUAAUCAAAUUUCUUACACUUUGCAAUAAAAAGCGAGAAAGGGUCAAUUCAAAAAUUAAUAUUAACAACGCCAAUGUUGGUUGUUCUUGCGUUUCCAUUUCUCGCCCAUUUUUCUGAAAGUGCCUAUGCUAUUCUAAAACUCUUUUCAAACGCCAUAUUUCGCUAAGUUUUCGGCACAAGUUUGUAUCGUCUCUGUAAAUUCGUCAAGCCUAGUGCACACAUGCAUAAUUUUGCCCGCAAAUAUACUAUGUUUACUUUAUUCAGAGUCUAACUACCGAUGGCAAUUUAUUUUAUAUAAAUUAUUAUCAGUACUUACGAAUGCUUGUGAAGUAAUUUAUAUGAGGUAAAUUAAAAUGAAUUAUUAGAUAAAUUGCUAUCAUUAUUUAAAUCCUGUUAACAUAGCUGCAAUGCUUGUAAUUCAUCUUAAUUUAUUUUAUAUAAAUGCUUUACAGGUUUGUAGAAAAACUGUUCAUUCUUUCAAAAUUAUUUAAAUAAAUGUUCUCUAACAGAUGUGUAGCGUAUUGUGUUGUUUUUGUGUGCGGGUAAAUAUUAAUGUACAGGUGUGAACUAGGCUUUAUAUAUCUGCCCUAAAAACGAAUUUAGAACUAAUUGAAAA